AUGAUUGUAAAAAAUAUUCCCACUUCAUUACCAGAACAGAUUCUUAAAGUUCGUAAUCAAAGUGUACAAUACAAAUUAAGAGAUAAGACAAGACAAUUUAUUGAUUUUAUGCGUAUCACUAUCAAUGGUGGUAGGGGUGGUGAUGGGUGUAUAUCAUUUCAUCGUGAAAAAUAUGUUGACAAAGGCCCACCUGAUGGUGGUAAUGGUGGUAGAGGUGGUAAUGUGAUUUUUGUUGCAUCAUCAAAUCAUUCAUCACUACAUACCGUUCCCAAAAAUAUAAAAGGUGGCAGCGGAGGUCCCGGUAAAGGUCGUUUAAGGCACGGAUUAUCUGGAAAAGACGUAAUGAUAAACAUACCUUUAGGAACAAUCGUAAAAGAGGUUGAUCCUCCACAGAGAAAACUCUCUAGCAAUGAUGACGACGACGAUAAUAAUAUUAUUAAUGAGGAUGAUAAAAAACUUGACGAGGAAGCUUCACUUGCACGAAAAAGAGCUGAUAUAUGGGUGCAUUAUCCUCGCUAUGAAACACAAAAUCCUUUAGGCUCUUUUUUCUUGGAAGCAGAGAAAUUACUCCAAUCAGAAUCUCGUAAGAAAAAAAAACUCAACGAUAAAUUGUAUCUAGACGUCUCGACUCCAAAUGUUCAACAUGUAGUUGCACAAGGCGGCUCGGGCGGUAAAGGAAAUCCACAUUUUUUAACAAGCGCGAAUCGCUCGCCCAAGUUUGCAACACGUGGUCAACGAGGUCAAGUCAAAUAUUUAGAAUUGGAACUUAAAACAAUAGCGGAUGCGGGUCUUGUAGGUUUGCCUAAUGCUGGUAAAAGCACAUUCCUCACUGCUGUCUCCAAUGCACAUCCAAAAAUAGCUGCUUAUCCUUUCACAACGCUUAAUCCCUAUAUCGGAACUGUUGAUUAUAAUGACAAAUUUCAAUUGACCAUUGCCGACAUUCCUGGUUUAAUUCGUGGCGCACAUAAAAAUAUUGGUUUGGGUCAUUCGUUUUUACGACACGUGGAAAGAUCAAAAGUUUUGGUGUAUGUGAUAGAUUUGUCUGGCGAAAGUCCAUGGAAUGAUUUAACUAUUUUACAAAAUGAAUUGGAAUUAUAUAAUAGUGUUCUAACAAAACGUCCUUCGCUGAUCAUAGCCAAUAAAGCUGAUGUCACCGAAGUAGCUAAAAAAAAUCUGCCAAUACUUGAAUCAAAAGUUAAAGAAAUUGAAAAACAGCUUGACCAACAAUUUAUCGUUGUGCCCAUUUCAGCAAAAUAUCGUAAAAAUAUUCAUAAAGUAACUUCAUUACUAAGAAGCACAGUUGAAGAUUUUAAAAACAAUGAAUCAGAUGUGACAGCUUGA